ACGCCAAACCCAAUUUGCCUGUAAAUCCAGACACGAACCCGCGGCGAUUGCCACGCGCCUCUCCAACGCACGAAGCCGGGCAACGUUUCUCCUCUUCUCUUCCACCGUUCUGCUUCGUCAACUCGCAAAGCGAAAAGAGCAGAAGAGCCAAUGAAGGAAGAAUACUCCAUGGCGGACACCUCUCGCUUGAUGGAAGCCGCUUCCGACUUCGCCCACUAUCCCGGCGUCCAGAAUGACGCGGCUGCGAAGGAAUUCCUCGAUCGCUUUCCUCUUCCUGCCAUCAUCAGCACUUUGCAAACGAGAGCGGAUGUGCCUGGUCUCGAAACUACGCUGGUUAAUUGUCUGGAGAGAUUGUUCAAGACCAAAUACGGCGCUUCCCUGAUCCCGCACUUUAUGCCUUUUGUACAAGUUGGUUUGCAGGCAGCUUCGCAAGAAGUCAGAUGUCUUGCUUGCAAAACGGUGUCUUGCCUGUUGGAGAAUUCUGAUGAAAAGUCUGUGUCUGCUGUGAAGCUAAUUAUUGACUACAAUGUUUACCCACUUUUGCUUGAUUGCCUUGUUAAUGGAAAUGAACAAGUUGCCGCAGCUUCAAUGGAUGCUAUUAAGGUUCUGGCAUGCUUUCAAGGAGGCACAAACAUUGUUUUUCCAGCCAGUGAAAAUGAAGUUUCUCAUCUUAGAAACUUAGCAGCUCAAUGCACGUCAUUGGGUCGUGUUCGGGUUCUAGCUUUGAUAGUGAAGCUGUUUUCUGUCUCCAGCUCCGUGGCAUCAAUUAUCUACAGUUCCAAUCUACUAAGUUUACUUGAGGCAGAAAUCAGCAAUUCUCAAGAUACCCUUGUAUCUUUAAGUGUUCUGGAGCUCCUGUACGAGAUGGUUGAGAUUCGGCAUGCAACGGAAAUUUUGUCAAGGACUGCACUUCUUCAGCUACUUUCUUCUAUCAUAAGUAAUGCAUCGUUGGAGUCAAUUUUGAGGUCAAGGGCAAUGAUGGUUUGCGGAAGACUUCUGUCCAAGGAGGACACUUAUUUGUUUACAGAUGAACCCAGUGUCAGAGUAGUUGUUUCUGCCAUUGAUGCAAGUCUCAGCUCAUCGGAGAGUCUGGAUACAGAUGAAUGUGAAUCUGCCCUUGAAGCAUUAGGUCAAAUCGGGUUAUCAACUCAGGGAGCUGAAUUAUUGUUGUCGAGCACAUCUCCUGCUGCAAGACAUGUAGUGCAUGGUGCCUUCGACAGACAAGGACGCGGUAAACAGCUGGCUGCAUUGCAUGCAUUGGGAAAUUUGGCUGGAGAAGCUCGGUCAGAGAAUAGUGUAAUACUAAAUGGUGCUGCAGAAGAAACCCUAAGAUUCUUGAUUUAUGAGGCAGCAUCCAGGAGUCCAAAGUUGACACCAUCUGGCUUUUUCGUAUCAGUUCUUCAGCAGGAGGCAGAAACUCGUUUAGCAGGUUAUAGGCUGAUUACAGCUUUCGUAGCUAGGCCAUGGUGCCUGAUGGAGAUCUGCUCAAAAGAAGAGAUAAUAGAUAUCGUAACUGACCCAUGCAUUGAAACCACAAAAGGAGGUAUGGAAGCAAGGUACAGAUGCUGCCAAGCAACGCACAAUGCUUUCACACGUUCAAGCAAACUGCUUAGCGAUCCUUCUCUGGCUGGAAUUGCUAGCAAGGUAUCUUUGGACUUGAUGAUGAUGUUCCUUCUUUGCACAGUUGCAAGAUGCUGUAAGAAGGGGUCCCUAUCUUGCAAGAAGGCAUUCUGAGGCUCAACCUGCUGUAAUGACAGCUGAAAGAUUCUAGACGAAGUCAGUCUCUCGGAACUCGGGAGGAGCAUCCAGUCCGUGCUCAAAGCCGUCUUUCUUCCUUAAUGCUGGGAAAAACUUGCCGCUUCCGAUGCUUGCUUGGACGAGAGUUUUUGGACAUGAUCGGAACUUGUAAAUCUCACAUGUUAUAGGAGCCGACUUUUGGUUAAUCCCCAAGUAGAAGCGGACCGCAGUUGUCUCGUUAUCUUGGGGGUAGGAUCUCUAUGCAACCGUUGUAGGGAUACUUUUGAUAAACAAACUGUCGUUAUGGAUGGACCGCACAUUUCCUACCCAAUGUGACACGGAACAAAAUGCCAAUCAGCAUGGUGUUCCAGAAACUUCAUUUUUCUUGA